UAGGUUAACUACCACUAAACACAUGAAGAAGAACCAGCAGCGUUUUCUGUUGAUAGUCUGGUGUGGUAGCAGAUUAUGCUCCUUUUCACUAAAACAUGGAGGAUUUCUUCCCCGAUCUGUCACCUUGCAGACACAAAGCUGUACCUGGGGACAGCAAAGAGCACUGUGGGGACCUGCUUUCAUCAGCUCCAGAGGCUGUCUGUCUUUCAAGAGGCUCGAGAUUUGACCCCACACAGCUUACAUCCCAGAAUCCUGCAGCCUGUCAAGGAGUGUGGUUGGAGAAGAUUUGAUGAUCCCAGGAGCAGAAAUCUUUCUCUAAGUUCAAGAAGAAAGGAGAAACCAACCCGUGUGCAGAUAAUGGAGCUGUCAGAAGCAGUGUAUGAGAAGUUGGCCGAGGAGACACUGGAUGCUCUCUCAGAUUACUUUGAAGAUCUCACAAAUGAAGCUUUCACUGGAACAGACUAUGAUGUUGUCUUUUCUAGUGGCGUGUUGACAGUGAAGGUGGGAGGAGGCCAUGGCACGUAUGUCAUCAACAAACAGACGCCUAACAGACAGAUCUGGCUUUCUUCUCCUACCAGUGGGCCAAAACGCUACGACUGGACUGGAGAACGCUGGGUGUACACUCAUGAUGGCAUUAGUCUCCAUCAACUGCUUUCUAAAGAGUUUUCUAUCAUCUUCAAUAGAAAUAUUCAUUUGUGUGAUUUGCCCAAUUCCUGAAGUGGUGAAUCUGAAAAUGAUGGACUGAGUGCAGCAGAAUGAUUUCAUGUGUUUUCUACGUCUCGACAGUUUUACAUUUUGGUUUGUUGCUUUGAUUGAAUUGUUCCAAAUGCUUGAGCAACUUCCUUUGGUUUAUGAUAUCCUUCAGUUUAACAAUUUAGUUUUCAACACCAUUUUAAUUCAGAUCCAUAGCUUUUUGAAUAAUGUUUCAUUUUGCUUUUGCAGAUUAAAUUAAUCAGAAAUAAAGACAUGGAGAUCAAACUGAA